AUGGAAAAGAAGCCUCUGAUCGUGUAUUAUUCCAACAGUAAUUCAGUAAUCGGAGAAAUUGCCCAUAAGCUUGCACUUGAUGUGAAGGGCGAUAUUUACGAAGUGAAAACUACCGAAAGAAUCAAACGACCACAACUCAUGCAAGACGGAAGAAGGACAUACAGCAAGAUCCCUGUAAUCUUUGACCUGAUAGACUUUUCACCAUACAACGAAAUAUUCAUUGGCGGCGAAUGGGUUGAGAUGCACUUGGUCGGUCCGAUGAGGUCGUGGAUCAACCAGAACAAGACGUACAUCUUGCGAGACGACGUCAAACUCAUCUUUUUUGUCUUUGAUAAAAGGGGGAAGAAAAUCAACAAGGCUUUCAAGGAAAUGGUGGAGGUGCUUGGAGAGCCGUAUCGAAGACUUAUCAUCACGCCUCAGGACUACCCAUACCAUUCACUCUCAAGAAAAAUUGGGUACCACAUGAACUCGUCCGAUCAAGAUGAAAUUUACGACGAGCAAAUGAAUUUGGACGGCGUGAAUUUGCUCGGGAAGACACCACCAAGAACGCGCCUUACUGCAAAACUUUCCAAACAGAAAGUGGAAAAGCACGAAGGAUCAAUUCGUGUCGAGUGA